AUGUCGGACGACGAGGACUUUAUGCAGGAAUCCGAGGAAGAACAAUAUGACUUCGAGUACGAGGAGGACGAGGAAGACGAAUCCGGCGAUGUCGACAUCGAGAAUAAGUACUACAAUGCAAAACAGCUGAAACUGACCGAUGCGGACGAAGCCAUCUCCGACUUCCUGAGCAUUCCGUCUCUGGAGAAGGAAAAGGGCGAAUGGGGUUUCAAGGGACUCAAGCAAGCAAUAAAGCUCGAGUUCAACCUCGGGAGAUACGACGAGGCCGCCGACCAUUUCGCCCAACUAUUGACGUAUGUAAAGUCGGCCGUGACCCGCAACUACUCCGAAAAGUCGAUAAACAACAUGCUCGACUACAUCGACAAGGGUGCUGAUGGCAAAGAAGCGGCCAAGAGCAUGGAGAGGUUUUACUCCCUCACCCUUCAGAGCUUCCAAAGCACCAACAAUGAACGGCUCUGGCUGAAGACCAACAUUAAGCUUCUGAAGUUGCUGCUCGACCGGAAGGAAUACCUCUCCGUCUCGAGAAAGCUCCGAGAACUUCACAGGGCCUGCCAGCGGCCCGACGGCACGGACGACCCGAGCAAAGGAACCUACCUGCUCGAGGUGUACGCGCUUGAGAUUCAGAUGCUGGCCGAGACCAAACACAACAAGCAGCUCAAAGCGCUGUAUCAACGAGCACUCAAAGUCAAGUCAGCCGUCCCACAUCCCCGCAUCAUGGGCAUCAUACGCGAGUGCGGAGGCAAGAUGCACAUGGCCGAGGAGAACUGGAAGGAAGCACAGAGUGACUUUUUCGAGUCGUUUCGCAACUACGACGAAGCAGGCUCACUACAGCGCAUCCAGGUUCUCAAGUAUCUACUCCUGACCACAAUGCUCAUGAAAUCCAACAUCAAUCCCUUCGACUCGCAAGAGACAAAACCGUACAAGUCCGAUCCGAGGAUCUCCGCCAUGACGGAACUCGUCGAUGCUUAUCAGAGAGAUGAUGUGCACGCAUAUCAGAAGGUGCUGCAGACACACCAAGAUAUUCUGGACGAUCCAUUCAUUGCUGAGAACAUUGAUGAAGUUACUCGCAACAUGCGCACCAAGGGUAUUCUGAAACUGAUCGCUCCUUACACAAGGAUGAAGCUACCUUGGAUUGCAAAGCAGCUCAAGGUAUCCCUGCCAGAGGUUCAAGAUAUAUUGGGGUUCUUGAUCGUGGACGGGAAAAUCAAUGGCACAAUCAACCAACAAGAAGAGAUUUUAGAGGUCGUUUCGGACGCAGACGCGGAGCAUACCCAAGCCAUGAGCCGUUUGUCCGCAUCCAUCUCUGAUCUUUACGAAGCUGUUUUCAAGGACGGCGAUGGGCUUUUUCGCGGCACAGAUGCUGCUUCAUUUGAUCAGAAGAUGGAUCUCCAAGGCCUAAACAUGGGCCGUGCCCUGGGGAAUCGAGGGCAAAUACAACAACGAGGGAAAAAGGGAAAAGGCUCAAGUGCAACGCUGUGGUAG